GAACCUGGAUCCUGCACACAUGCAUGCUGAUGUCACACACUUAAUAUUCCUGCAGCAGCUUCCCCAGAUUAUUUUCACUCAGAGAUAAGAAGGAAGGCACCAACAGAGGAGAGAUGGGAACUGUUUGGUUCACAGUUUGGUGUGCUUUAUUCUUUAAUGUUCAGGCUUCACCAGCAGGGCACACAGAAGACCAAAUAUGUGAACCAGGAUUUGACUCAGAAUCAGUCAUUUUUAAGGUGACUAAGAAGCAUCUGAGGCCGACCACCGUCCUGGGAAAAGUGAACUUCACCGACUGCACAGACGUCAAGGGGUCGAUUUUCGUCGCCUCCGAUUCCCAUUUCAAUCUUGAGACUGAUGGGACAGUAACGGUUUCGAGAUGGUUGUUUCUUCAGGAGGGACGACGAGGUUUCUUCAUCCACUCCUGGGAUUCAAAAGGGAGGAAGCAGACCAUCUCUGCUGUGGUUCAGCACCAAGGGGAUCUGGACGCAGCCCCGGUCCAGAGUGAUUUUCCCCUCAGUGACGUCACAAAUAAGUUAGAGGUUCCAGUCCUGCAUUUCCCAUCAUCCACUGAAGGACUGAGGAGGAAAAAGAGAUUUUCCAUUCCUCCUCUUAAUAUUGCAGAGAAUUCCAGAGGACCUUUCCAUUCAUAUAUUGCCCAGUUUCGCUCUCUUGACGAUAAAGGGAAGAAGAUCAUUUACAGCAUCACUGGUCCGGGAGCUGAUCAGCCUCCUGUUGGUCUCUUUACCAUCGACAGAGACACUGGUCAUCUGUAUGUAACACAGGCAGUGGACAGAGAGAAAAAAGACAGAUAUUUGUUACAGGUAUAUUCUGCUGCGGCGGACGGUUCAGCCUCUGCUGAGGAGCCUAUGGACAUUAUUAUAAGAGUAAUUGACCAGAAUGACAACAAACCUAUUUUCAACCUCUUGGGAAAUGUGGCCGAGUCUUCAUCAAUAGGCUCUGAGGUGGUGAAGGUUAUGGCAACAGAUGCUGAUGAGCCACACAGUCCCAACUCAGACAUCCGUUAUCGCAUUGUGAGCCAGGAACCUCAGCAACCAAAUCCAUCCAUGUUUGUCAUACACCCAAAGACUGGAGCCAUCACAGUCAGUGCUGCUGGCCUGGACAGACAGAAAUACCCCGAGUAUACCCUGGAGGUGGAAGCAGCAGACAUGAACGGGGAGGGACUUUCUGCAUUAAUGAAAGUAAUGAUCUCUGUAACUCCUGACACGGAGCUCCCUGCUGCCCAAGGAGGAGGGAGGAGCAGGAGGAAUGCAGAUCCAAAGAUUCAUCAUUCUCCUUCAGAGAAAAUGUUACCAAAUCUGUUACCUCUGUCUUCUGAAGAAGGAAAAAGGAGACGGAAGAGAAGCUGGAUUAUUCCUCCCAUCAGUGUUCCUGAGAAUAGCAGAGGCCCGUUUCCUCUGUACUUUGCCCAGGUCUACUCUGACAAAAGUAAAGUGGCGAAAAUCGUUUACAGCCUCCGUGGUCCGGGAGCAGAUCAGCCUCCUGUUGGUCUCUUUACCAUGGACAGAGACACUGGCAAUCUGUAUGUAACACAGGCACUGGACAGAGAGAACCAGGACAAGUACAGAUUAGAAGCACUUGCAGUGGAAGAAGGACAAGCUGAAGCAUCUGAGACCAUUGAAAUAAUUGUGAAUGUCAUCGAUCAGAAUGACAACAAACCAGUUUUCAGCAGAGACACCUUCCAGGGAGAAGUGCCUCAGUCCUCACCUAAAGGUUUUGAGGUGAUGACGGUUCAGGCCACAGAUGCUGAUGAGGGCAAUUCGGACAACUCCGAUGUCUGCUAUCGCAUUAUAAGACAAGAACCCGAAGAACCAAAUCCUUCCAUGUUCGCAAUCAACUCGACUACUGGGCUUAUCACAGUCGACGCUGCGGGGCUGGACAGAGAGAAACACCCGCAGUACACACUCACAGUGGUAGCUGCUGACAUGAGAGGCCUGGGCCUGACUGGAAGAGCCAAAGUCAUCCUAACUAUAACCGAUGGUUCUUCUUCCCCUGCUGGCUGGCUGUUUUCUGACAUUACAGUUCCUGAGAACAGAAUCGGACCCUUCCCUUUACGGGUGGCUCAGCUACGCUUUAAUGAUGAUGAAACACAGAAGAUCCUUUACAGCAUCACUGGUCCGGGAGCAGAUCAGCCUCCUGUUGGUCUCUUUACCAUGGACAGAGACACUGGCAAUCUGUAUGUGACACAGGGACUGGACAGAGAGAACCAGGACAAGUACAGAUUGCAGGUAAAUGCUGUGGCAGAGGAUGGAGGGGCGACAGUCGGACAGAUGCAGGCUGUGGUCAAAGUUGCCGACCAGAACGACAACUCACCUGUUUUUAAUAAAGUCACCUACGAGGGAGAAGUGCCUGAAGCCUCACCCAUAGGUUUCGAGGUGAUUAAAGUGGAGGCCACAGAUGCUGAUGAGCCAAAUACUGAAAACUCAGAGAUUCGCUAUAGCAUCAUGAGCCAGGAACCAGCGGAACCCUCCAUGUUUACCAUCAACCCGGUUUCUGGAGCCAUCACUCUGAGUGCUGAUGGACUGAAUAGAGAGAAACACCCUCAGUUCACUCUGAUGGUCAAAGCGGAAAACUCUGCUGGCGCCACUUUAUUUGCGCAAGUUAAAGUAACUCUGACCGUGACAGCAAACUCUGCGUCCAUGACUCAGGCUGGCGGAGCAAAGAGGAGGAAGAAGCGUUUUUCUGUCAUGGAAAACUGAAAAGGAGCUCACCCAUUACAGCUCACUCAGAUGAAGCUCCAGCUGCCAGUCAGCUCUGAGUUCAGUCAUUGAACAGAAGUGAGAUCUUCCUAUAUGAGGAGCUUUUCUGCUGCGGAGGAGACCUGACAUGAAAAUGUGUGUGUGAAAAGUGUGCUUAAGAGGAAUCUUUGCUUCUCUCCAUUUAUUCCUGAGAGAUGGUCUACAGGACCAUCUCUCAGGCAUCUUUGCAGAUUUUCAUUUCCCUGAAAGUGAAACAAGAAUGUGAUUUUUUUUCUGCAGCUGUUGGUAUCAGGUAAAGGUUUAUAGCUUCUAUUUGUUCCUCCACAUUGUCUAUAUAGAGGAACAUAUGGUGAUGUACCUGUAUGACUUAUAGGGUCCUCCAUUAAUUUGUCAUGAAAUAACACUGUGUGAUAUGUAAUCUGAUCCAUUUAUGUCUCUAAUAAAACUUUGACUGUUCUUCAAAAACUUUUAAAGGAGCAUUCUGUAAAUGUACAUUUAGAAUGUUGUUAUUAGACAUCUAAUAUUUCUAAUGUUCUCCCAUAUUCCAGAUUUAAGUGUUGGUGAUUAGCAUUGAGCAUCAUGAGGGGUCAACAUAAGCACAGGCAUGUUCACUAAAGUAGAAUAUUACUGAAAAGUUUAUGCAUUUCAUUUUGUCAAACACAUUAUACAUUAUUUCCACACAGACUGACAUUUUCAAGCCUUUAUUUCUGUUGAUUUAGAUCAUUUUCUGCAUCCAGCUGAUGAAAACAUAACAUUUAAAAUUAUAACCCAACAUCAGACCAAUAAAAAUAUUUUCAAUAUAAAAAUGUUGUAUAAAAAAAAAACACGGUUGUUAAUUUUAAAAUCCACUUUUAAUCUGAGAAACAAGCCGCAUACGAACCAAUAUUCUAAUUUAUUGAAUAUUGCUGUGGGAGAUAAAGGUAUUUUCAAAUGUCUAUAUGUCGUUUGUCUUUGCAAGUUUUUCUUUUUUGUUUUAUCUUAUGCUUCAUACUUUUGUAAAACCUGCUUUGGAAAUAAACUGUCUGUUUGCUGUU